GCCGACUCAGCAUCCUCUAAACGGGAAACCUGCCGGCAUUUCUCCUACAGCAAUCCAUGCCCCACGACACGUGUCAGAUAUCCAACGGUUGGAGACUUUUUUGACAGUCGAAACCCUAGGGAGACGCAGCACUGCAUUACCCCGUCAUCUCCUCCACCCUUUCUGUAUUUUUCUUACCCUUUCACCCUCCCUCCCUCCCUCCCUCCCUCGCUUUCUCUGCUCUUUUUUCUUAAUGGCGAUUUUGCCCUCGAGCUCUUCUUCCUUGGAACUUACCAUGGCUCCUCCUUCAUCUGAUGGUGGUUGUUGCAUGAGGGAUUUGGAUAUAAACCAGCUCCCAUCAGGAUCAGAAGCAUGGCCUAUUGGAGUCAUCGACGACGACGAAGAGAACGGCCCGCCGAGGAAGAAGCUUCGACUUACAAAGGAGCAGUCGCGAUUGCUGGAAGAAACUUUCAGAGAAAAUCAGACCUUGAACCCAAAGGAAAAAGAAGCUUUGGCAUUUGAGUUGAAGCUGAAGCCACGGCAAGUUGAAGUUUGGUUCCAAAACCGUAGAGCAAGGACGAAGCUGAAACAAACGGAGAUGGAGUGCGAGUAUCUGAAGAGGUGCUUUGGCUCACUCACCGAAGAGAAUAGGAGGCUCCAAAGAGAAGUGGAAGAGCUAAGGGCCAUGAAGGUGGCCCCACCCACCGUCUUCUCCCCUCACACGUGUGAGGCACUCCCAGCGUCCACUCUGACCAUGUGCCCUCGCUGCGAGCGUGUGACCAGCAGCGCCCUCCACAGGGUCCCCAACAAGGCCCUCACCAAAUCAACGGCCAUGCAUGCUCGGCAACGGCAACCUUCGGCCGCGUGCUAGCAUCACAAGAGAAGCACAGCGAUCGAUACUAACGCCCACCCAGUUUGAUGGAUACACCAUUUGGUAUUAUGAUAGUAAGAUAUUAAACCCCUUCUUUUCUACUCAUGGUGAGAUAAUACUACAUCUUGUACUAUUGCAUUACCAAAAGUAGAAAGGAAGGUUGUGUCUAUCAAAAUAUGUGGGUGUAAGUAGUUGGUCACAUAAGGGAAAUGUAAACAG